AUGACUUCAAAACUCGAGCCGUGGAGAUGGUGGAAAGGCGCAUCAGACGAUGUCGUGAGCCUCGCAUGGUCAGCAGAUGGGACAAAAUUUGCUGCGGGUGCCAUCUCGCAGGAUCAAUACAAUCGCAAAAACAAUCUGGUUCUCGGCGAUCUCACCCGCAAUUCCUUAACUGAGAUACCUGGUCAUUGCAUGACACCUCACACAGCCUCGAGCAUUCCUCCAUUCAAUGAUGAUUAUCGAUGGACGACAGUCACUCACUCGGAAUGGAUCGGACAACAGUUGUUUACUGCGAGUUACGACAAAACCGUCAAGAUCUGGGAUAUCGAUCAAAGUGCCACCUGUGUCGAAACUCUGAAGCAUGAUUCCGAGGUUAUAGGAAUGGCUUACUCAACGCAUGCGCCAAAACUUCUGGCAACUGCUUCUAAGUCGUUCGAUCUGUGGGAUCUUCGGGACAGGACUCGCCGCAUCUCCCUCCCUGUCCAGAGAGCACCUCGUCAAAAGACGAAUCUAGUUGCCACGGACAUUGCCUGGGGUCAAGAAUCUGCCGCGGGACGUUUGGUAGUAGGGGGUAUGGGUGUGGCGGAAAGACCUGAUGAAAUUCAAGAGCCUCUUGGAGGUCAUCUUCAGGUCUGGGGUAUCGAAGAAUCGUCCAUAUCCACCCGGAAAGUUGUACCAAACUCACAGCACAUAUUUAAUAUCGCCUGGAGCCCCACUGAGGUGCAAUUUGCGACUGCAAGUUCAACAUUAGGAUUGCCGCUUCCUCGCGACACUCGCACGGUGGUACAGGUCUAUGACUUAUCGAGCCACAGCUCGGUAGUCACCAGCAGAUUCCCUUGCCCAGCAUAUGACAUCAACCAGGUGACAUUCUGCCCGACGGGCUUCUAUAUCACUGCCAGUUGUACCGAUGGAAGUACAUAUGUAUGGGAUGAGCGAAUUCCGGACAAGAUGCUCCACAAGUUGUCACACGGUCCUUCGGUACUGCCAGUCAGCCUGGAAUACCACCAGCUGGAGAAUGAUGAUUAUGGUGUUGGAGCUGCUUUGUGGGGUACGACCAUUGACCAGUUCUAUACCGGUAGUUCAGAUGGUGUUCUGAAACAGUGGGACAUUCGACGCUCCCCCGAGGAUGUCUUAGUGGGGAACACUGCAAGUUUCACCGCAGGGAUAACGAGAGGACUCUUCUCGGACGAUAAAUCUCAUCUUCUUAUCGGCGAAGCUGGUGGAGGAAUUCACGUUCUCUCAUCAGGACCCUGCUCAGAUCCUGAACCGGCCGAGAUGGAAUUCUUCCACGCUCCUGCAUCCGCGUACUACGAGUAUCAAUCGUCACCGUUGCUCAUUUCGUAUGCAAACGAGCUUCUGCACUCUGGUCAACUUUCGUUACACCCAGUGUACGGCCCAAUCCAGGGACCACGAUAUGUUGGACCCUAUGCUGCCUGGGCUCGAGGCCUUAAGCAAGGACAGAAUCCAAGAAAUGUCCCACUACUGGAGAAGUACCGACUACGCCAAUUUGACGGACCACCUGUCAAGGACCGACACAAUCUUGACAAUGAAGCAAAGACAAAUGUCCAAGCGUUUUUUGAUAUUGCGAAGGCUCGCUCCCAGCUGGUCAAUCAUAUUCAGCGUGAGCGUGGGAAAGAUCGCAAUGGAGGUGGCAUCAGCAAAAGCGGUGAGGGAAUCAUUGAUCUAACAAUUGCCUCGAAUUGCACCGACACCCCGAUUAUCGAUUUAACAAUCGAUGCCCCUAUUAUUGAUUUGACCUCCGAAACAGAAGGGUCAUCCUCGUUCAUUGAUCCGUGUCCGGCUUUAUCGGAGUGUAAAUGCAGCAGCGAAGAUAUGGAAGAAGAUUACUGGUGGCCGGAGAACAAAUUCGUUGAUGCUAAUAUUCCUCGACGGCUUGAUGUAUGGGAAUGA